GAUUUUCACUUAUCAUAGAAUUUAUCUUUAAAUCUUGUGUGAAAUUGAUUUAUCUAACAAUGUGGAAUGAUUUGAACCUUACCAGGCCACUACAAGAUAUUUGUGAAUAUUCUUAUAACAGCAAGAAAGAUGCUGCCUUAAUUGAUAGUCUGCCUGACUUAAUAAGCAUAUUAACAUCAUCAGCAGAGAUAUUAACUACAGAGCAUCCAAUAUGGGAAGAAGUCAAGAUAUAUAGAAAUCUUCAAACAAAAUACAAAAGAAUCUUACAUUGCGAUAAGUGCUUGCAAUAUCUUCAAAGAGUUAGCACUUGCCUAAGAAAGAUGGUAUUGUUGGAUCUAUCUUCAGUUUAUCUAGAUAUGGCUGAUAAACUUAUAAUUGAAAUUCAAAGUAAGAAAGAUGCAACUUAUUUUCUGCCAUCCCGUCAACAAUUAGAGUUUGUACUUAUUCGAACACAAUCAGCUGCUAAACUUAUAUGUGAAUCUUUGCACUAUUCAAGAGAAACAUUCUGUUAUUUGAUUCAAAGAUUAAAAGUAGGCCACUUAAUCAUAAAUUUAAUGAUGGCUACUUCAGUCACAGCUAGACUAAACAUUGUAUUCAGAGGCUUGCUAGUGCAAAUUUAUAGUGCUUAUAAGAAAAUCUAUGCAUGGAGACAAAAGUUGAAACAAGGAGGAUGGGAAUGGUCUAAACCUUUAGAACUGCCCGAAGAUUUAGAAUCAUGGAUCAAUCUUGAAGAUUCUGAAUAUGUGAAGCCAAGACAUUUGCCCAAAGAAGAACUGGAUUUUCUAACUACAAUAUUUGACAAAAAUUUACUUUCUGGUAAAGGUGAUCAAAAUGGCUAUUCUGAACCAGUCAAUGAAGAUAGUAUGAUUCUUGAAAAUGCUGAUGAUCAUGGAGGUGAUCAAAAUGGCUAUUCUGAACCAGUCAAUGAAGCUAGUAUGAUUCUUGAAAAUGCUGAUGAUCAUGGAGAGCUAGUUGAAAGAUCUGAAGUAGAAAUUUUAGAACCUCCGCAAUCGAGUAUCAUGGAAGAUAUCGAAACAGCUCAAUCAACUUCAUCUGAUGAACAGCAAGCAAGUUCUGAGAAACAGCAAAAGUUUUCAAAAGCUCAAAAAGUACUGCUAAAGAGAAUAAAAAGAGCCGAAGACAUAAAGGAGCUGAAAGUUAUUUGGGAAAAUCUAGAUUUGUCUGCACAAAACUUGUUACUUCAAGCUGUGACUCCCGUAAAAAUCAGACUCAUUGAUAAAAUGUUUUUAAAAGCAAGGCGAAAAAUAUCUGUGCUGAAAAAGUCAAGUGUCACUGAAAGUGAAAAAAAGAGUGACAGGGAUAAUAUAAUUAAUCUAACUCGCUUAAAAUUUGCUACAUUUCUUGGCCUACUUCAUCAGCCAAAGGAAAAGGUUAAAAAGAAUACUGCAAUGGUGAUAAAACCAGUGAAAACUGAAGAAGCUUUGAUUGAGCUGUAUAAUACUAUUUAUUUUAAAUUACAAUCCGCUCAAAAGUAUGAUAAAUGUGCAAAACUUAAAAAGAUUUUCAAAAAGAGGAAAGCUGUUAUGAAAAUUUUAGAGGAAAGUGGAGAAGAAAAAGUUAUAAAAAAAUUAAUACUGAAAACUUCAAAAUUGUUUAUUUCUGAUUUUUUGUAAUUAAAGUUUUUUGUUAAUAAUUUUUUAAGAUAUUUUUCUCUGAAACUUGUGCAUAAAAGUGAUUUAAACUAAUUUUAGGUAAAUAAUUUUGUUAGAUUUAUAAGUUGCAUUUUUUUUACAUCAAUAUUUUGACUACAAAUUUUUUUAAAAUUCUGAUUAUUAUUUAAUUGUUACUUCAAUUAUUGUAUGAAUUUAUGUUUUAAUUUUAAUAUUAAAUUCAACGAAAAUUGUAUCAAAAAAUUUUCACUUUUCUUUUAGUUCUGUAAAUAAACAAUAAUAAAAAAAGUAUUUU